ACAAAAAAUAAAUAAAAACAUCAUUAAAAACUGGAAUUCCAUUUCAAAAUGACUUUUUCUUCGUCUUAGCACCACUGAAUUGUUUGUCAAUUAAAUUCUAUGGUCAGCCCUCCCCUUAAUUUCAUUCGCACACCCAAUUUAAAUUCUUUUCCGUUUAUAUAUAUAAAUGGUGAGAUGCAGCGAAUCGUUUUCAUUUUUAUUUGAUGAAAUUAACAACAAGCGCAGAGAGGCCAAGAGAACCAAAGCUAAAGAAGAAAUUAAAGAUUGAUGAUCAGAGAGCGAAGAUAAGAGAAUCAAAAGACAGAACCACAGAAAGCUUGGAAAGAAACAGCAAGUAAAGCAGGAGAACUUUGUGUCAAUAUAUAUAUAUAUAUAUAUAUAUAUAUAUUUUCGGCUGGCUAGCCAUGGCAGAAGAAUAUCAAACAGGUGUUUGCAGUACUGGGAACUGGUGGGAUUCGUCCCGAAACCGGUUCGACAGCGGAUCAUCUCCUUCUUCUUCCACACUUAACAGUAUAGGGAGCUUCGGGUGGCCGACCGAUAUGGCUGACAUCAAAGCAAGGUCUUCUAUGGAUUCUGCGACGGUUUCCGGUAGUUCGGUUGUUUUCCAAGAUACCCAAAAGCUGCAAGGGCCUGACUCGGCGGGCGGAAGUGAUAGCGGCGGCAGUACCGUACUCACAGAUCCCAACCUGCAAAUGAUGGGUUUAGGCCUUUCAUGUCAAGCAAUGGAUUGGAACCAGCAGGAUUUACUUCGUAGUAGUACUGGAAAACCCGAGAGCAGUUUUCGAUCCAUGCUCGAAGAAGAUAUGAGUUCUAAUGCGAAUUUUCAGCAAGAGACUGCAGCAGGGAUGGCAACAUCAUCACAUGUCCAAUGGAGGAACAAAAUAUUUGCUGGGAGCUGCGGGGAUGCCUCCUCCAUAAAUGAGUUUAAGCAGAUGAACCGGCUUGGUUUCUCGCUCGAUCAAACUCAGUUUGAUUCUCACAGCAGCUCGGGAGAGAGCACGGCGACGUGCCAGGGCUUGCAGAUGGAUAAUUCUGCAGGAGUGUAUGGGAGUCCAACUAUGCUGCAAGGGUUAUUGGGAUAUGAUCAUAAUCAGCCACAGCCACAGCAGCCCACUUUGAGUGCUAAUUACCCAUAUCACCAUCAGGGAAAUUUGUAUACAACCAUGAACUCUAAUGAAGCAUUGCCUUCCACUUGGUCCAAAUUUCCUCAGUUCUUGAGAACUUCACCACCAAAACAGACUUCCCAUAUCAACCACUUGCAAUUCUCCAACAACGCCCCCUAUUGGAAUGCAUCGACAACUACCGCCGCCACCAACAACGUUAGCGUCCGAUCUGGCUUUUUCCCAACGCUGCAAACGCAAGUUCCCACGCCGACCUUCAAUGAAAAAUUAAAGAGUACAGCAGAAGUUCGGGAUUCGGGUACGGUGGUGAAGAAAAAUGGCAGCGAGCUCGGAAGCAAAAGGCCUCGGAACGAAACGCCUUUGCCAGCUUUUAAGGUGAGAAAAGAGAAGAUGGGGGACAGAAUCACUGCGCUCCAACAAUUGGUUUCGCCUUUCGGAAAGACUGAUACAGCGUCGGUGCUUUCUGAAGCCAUUGAAUACAUCAAGUUCCUUCAUCAACAAGUCAGUUUUUUAAGUACUCCAUAUAUGAACAGUACUGGAGCUGCUUCCAUCCAACACCAGCAGAAUUCUGGUAAAUCAAAAGACCCAGAUCAAGCGCCAAAUCUUCGAAGUCGAGGACUGUGUCUCGUACCCAUUUCAAGCACCUUCCCGGUCACCCAUGAGACCACUGUGGAUUUUUGGGCACCCACAUUCGGCGGAAGCUUUAGAUAAAGGGAAGAGAUCGAGAUCCAAGCGCACGGUCCAUUUACACCGAAGAGGAAUUAACUGUUCAAUUCCCUGCAAAUAGCUAGUAUCAUCAUAUAUAUCAAACCCUAUAGCCCAAUUAAGUUGGGUUGAUCGCAAGAUCAAUGAAAAUAUAGAAUCAAGACCCUAUGCUGAAGCCCCAUGUAACUGUGUACUAGUUUUAGAUGAAGAAUAAACAUGAGAAAUGGUGAAUGAGAUGAAAACCUGGGUCAUACGAUCCUGCAAAGGACGGACCAUUGGCAGGGCAGCUGCUUCAAGCAAAUUGAUAUGUAUAUGCUUGUAUGGUCAUUAUUACGGACCGUAGGAAGCAUAUUAAUUUGUUGUUGUAAUAUGACUUAAAUAUAUAUAGUAUAAUUAGAGGUGGUUUCUUAGGGCACAUCUCAACAAC